CAGAGAUAAUGACUUGAUAAUAUUGUAGUGAAAAAUGCCGUCGUAAUGUUGGGAAAGAAAAGAAAAAGAGUUGUUGGAAAUAUACUGUGGUCGAAGAGAAGCUACAAAGAAGGCUCUUCGCUUGUUUACCUGAACAGCAUGAAAUAGAAGGGCUUUGAUAAAAACUACAGAUGCGUUGUAACAGGAAAAUGUUCUGGAAACACCUCAUGACGACCUCCGGGUUCAGCCAGCCCAGCAUCUAUCAUGCUCUUGUUGUUAUUUUCCUCGAGUUUUUCGCCUGGGGUCUGGUGACCAGUCCCAUCAUCUCAGUUCUCAAUAAGACGUUCCCAGACCACACCUUCCUCAUGAAUGGUCUCAUCCAAGGAGUGAAGGGGAUGUUGUCAUUUCUGAGUGCACCUCUGAUUGGUGCACUUUCUGAUGUGUGGGGCAGGAAGCCGUUCCUGGUCUUCACUGUUGCCUUUACGUGUGCCCCCAUACCUCUCAUGAGACUCAGUCCCUGGUGGUAUUUUGCCAUGAUAUCUAUAUCUGGCGUGUUUGCUGUAACAUUCAGUGUGGUAUUUGCCUAUGUGGCCGACGUCACCUCGGAGGAGGAGAGGAGUGCAGCUUAUGGUUUGGUCUCGGCAACAUUUGCUGCCAGUUUGGUGACGAGUCCUGCAAUUGGCGCCUACCUUGGCAGCAUGUACAGUGAGUCGCUAGUCAUCUGGAUAGCGUCUGCUGUGGCCCUGUUGGACGUGCUGUUCAUCAUGGUGGCUGUGCCGGAGUCUCUGCCGGAGAAGCUCCGCCCAGCCAGCUGGGGGUCACAGAUUUCAUGGGACAAGGCGGACCCUUUUGGGUCUCUACGCAAGGUCGGGCAAGACAAUCUGAUCAUGCUGCUGUGUGUGACAGUCUUCUUGUCCUAUCUUCCAGAGGCUGGAGAGUACUCUUGCUUCUUUGUUUAUCUUAGGAAUAUAAUGGGCUUUUCUGUGGAGGAAACUGCCUCGUUUAUAGCAGUAGUGGGAGUGUUGUCUGUUCUAGCACAGACUCUUAUACUUGCUUUAAUAAUGAAAUAUCUAGGACCAAAGCAGGCUAUUCUAUUCGGCCUUGUGUUUGAAGUAAUCCAGCUAACUUGUUAUGGCUUUGGAUCACAAACAUGGGUGAUGUGGUGUGCUGGUGGUGUGGCCGCGAUGUCCAGUAUAACUUACCCUGCCAUUAGCUCCUUUGUCUCAGCUCAUGCAAGUGCUGAUCAGCAGGGUGUCGCUCAAGGGAUCGUCACAGGUAUCCGAGGCCUGUGUAACGGACUGGGGCCUGCAGUGUUUGGCUUCAUCUUCUAUCUCUUCCAUGUGGACAUCUCAGCCAAUGGGAGCGAGCCGCAGGGCCACAAACACCCCAAGACAUCUAACAGCACUUUUAAUCCCCUUCCGAAAAAUUUCCAGAAUGUAGUGCCAGGUCCACCAUUUGCAUUUGGGGCUGUGUUGGUGAUCUUGGCGUUGCUAGUUGCAGUCUUUCUCCCAGACAACCCUCAUGGUAAUGUCAACAAGUCCUCAGCCAAGAAGGUCCUGCCGGUGUAUGACUAUCAGAAGGAAACAGGAGUGAAGAAGCAUGAAGAAGAGCCCCUGAUGGAAGAGCCAGAGGCUGACUUAUAGCAGUAGUCUCCCCUAGGUUAUUAACAGGUCAAGGUCAUAUUCUACAUAUACAAACUUCACAAGAAAAAGGAUCAUUUACACCAAAUGUUUCAUGAAAAGGAAGAGAACUUUCUUCUUCAAGGGAUACACAGGGUUCCAUGAAGAGUAUUCCACAGGGAUACACAGGGUUCCAUGAAGAGAGUAUUGCCCGUGUUUGGAAAGAUAGAGUUAUCUCCCUUCUUGUCAUGCUUUUGUAAGGAAAUGAAAAGCACACUGUUUGCAAUGUGUUCCGACUUUCUGUGCUUGAUGGCAAGAAUUGGUAUUUCACUCUGACUCUGUGGCACGUAGUUCCAAGACUUGUAUGGUCCCUGUCAUAGAAUUAAAUCCCAGUCUGUGAUUAAGUGUUUCACAUGGUCUGCUUGUUGUCAAUGUUCAUCAUCCAACUGUUUGUGUUGUCAUCAACAAAAUAUCUCAGUAUUAUCAUCCAGAGAUACAACAUCAACAGUUCAGUUACGUUUAAGGAUCGUUUCCACGCAGAUAGGGGUCUCUUUGCUCAAUAUCGUAGCUGUAAUGCCACUGAUCUUUUCUUCAAAUCCGUCAUUUUAUGAUCGAAUAUGAUUAGAGUAUGAACUCUUAUUGAUUGUUGAUAAUCUACGUCACUCAUGAGGUGUGUUUUGUACAGUUUGAGAAUAUAGAUAUUUUAUGCCAGAGCCCUAUAUUUUAGAAUAUAUUGAACCAGUAGAUUUGAAUUUAGGAGUUUGGUUUUGUUUUUGCCAAAUGGCUGACAAUCUUUUGCAUGUUUUGAAUAGAAGAUAUGAGAGUAUCUUGUAUUCUGCCAAAUUAACUGUUUGCCAAACACAGAAGAAAUGGUGCCCCUGUCUGUCUGUGUGAAGUAGUGAGACACAAAUUUGUGUUCGUGUAUUUCUUCUUCUUUUUGAGACAAGGGAGGGUAAAUGUCUGAGACAGAGAUGAGGGUAGAUUUGUAUAUUUCUAUCAAAACAAGUGCAACAUGAAAUGGAAAGAUGGCGAUUUUGACUGACAUUCAAAUUCUUCUCCUGAAAUGAAACAUUUCAUAAAUAGUAAGAAAAAAUACAAGCACUGUUCCUCUUAAAUUACUAAUUUAAAACUAUAAAACUAUCUUUAUCAACUUUCCAUUCUUAAAUUUGUAUACUCAAGUAUUUAGUGGUAAACAGUUAACGGAUGGCACUCCAUGCCUUAGCAGAUGGAAUAUCUAUUACAGGACAUUCUCCAGCACACAUAUUUAAAGCAAGUCUAAAGAUUAGCAGUAAACAAGAGAACAACAGUUAACAUGUUAUGAAGUAUGUACCUGUAUUAGAUGCGCAUUCUGCCCCUGGUACAGUACAGGAAGUGUAUGACCCAAUAAGAUUUAUGGAUGACAGCUAUUAGAAAUAUUCAGGUGGCAUUGUUGUUGUGUGGUUGAUGUGUCGUGCUUCGUUAUGACCUUUGACCUCAGAUAUGUGUAUAAACUAAACAGGUGUGGGAAUGGAAGAUUACACGAUUGUGUUUGUUUAAUUUUCUCAACAUGUUUUGUAAAUAUGCGCAAGGAAUCUGAAUGAUUUUCUUGUUUUCAUGUAUUUUGUGGUCCAUGUCUUGUGUUAAAUAUUAAUAUACUGAUUUGCUGUGUCCCAUGUUCCUGGGAACUAUAGUUUCCUCGAUGAUAUUUGCAUGACUGUAGUUUUUUGUAUUGCUGAAAGUUAGUUACAAAUAUUCACCUUGUUAUUGAAUGCUAUAUUUUUUUGCAGACAUUUAUUUGGAUGUGAAGUUGUAUUCUUGUUUUACAGACAGUAUUAACAAAAGGUUAAGUGAAGUAAAUCUAAAUGUAUACACCUAGUAAUACUGUCAAGAAGAUUUGAAACAGCAUUUAUUAUGAAUUGUUAUUGUUCUGCAACAUUAAAUGUCUUCAAUACUAUUCAAAGCAAUGUAAAACUCAACUCAUCUGUCAUCUUUUGUGAAUAUCAUUUUUAGGGUACCUGAAAGGUAAUAUUGUAUGAGAAACAAUGUUGAGAAGUGUUUUCUUGUCUCCACAUCAACUUCCUCUUUUCAUGGAGGGCGGUGGGGUAGCCUAGUGGUUAAAGUGUUGGCUCGUCACACCGAAGACCCGGGUUCGAAUUCCCACAUGG